UCGUGUAAUAAUGCGCUCUACGUUUGAAAUUGAGAACUACUUUCCGCGUCAAAAUAUUUAUACGAGUAAUAAAAGAUCGAUGAAGGAUAUUUUUAUGAAUUUAUUUAUUGCGUUUGUUAUGUAUAGAAUAAAAUAAUAAGAAAAUAUGCCAUUAAUAAAGAAGCCUAUGCGUUAUGCUCAUCCUGAAGGACAUACAGACGUUUGUUAUUAUACUGGAGAAGAGGGAGGUCUUAUUACUUGUGGUUCAGAUGGAGAUGUUAGAUCAUGGUUAAAUUUAAUGGAUGAUGAUCCAGCGGCAAGUUGUAUCGCGGAACAAGCAAUAACAGUGAUAUCAAAGGAAGGGAAGAUAUAUGUAGGUAAUGAUAAUAAUACCGUUCAAAUACUUAAUCAUCCAGAUCUUGAAAAAGAGGGAAUAGUAACUAGAUUUGCUGCACCGGUAUGCGCAUUAACUAGUACAGUAAAUAGUAAUUAUAUUGUAUCAGGUGGAUGUGAUAUGAGAAUACAAAUUACUAAUAUUAGUACAUCGGAUAGUAUAGAACUCGAAGGACAUGAAGCUCCUAUAUUAGGUUUAUCUUUGGAUCCAAAAGAAGAAUUUGUUGCUUCUUCUAGUGCUGAUGGUUCUAUUAGAGUUUGGAGCAUUAAGGAAAAACGUGCUGUUAACAUUUGGAAUAAUGUUGUACCAAAAUGUAAUUCUUUUUUUACUGCAAAGACAUACUGUACACCUAGUUUUCAUUGUAAAGAUGGAAGUUGCCUUGCAUAUCCACAUAAUAAAGAUAUAAUUAUCGUAGAAAGAUUAACUUGGAAAGAAUCACAUAGAUUGAAAUGUCCUACUUUGAAAUCUGAAUUUAGUAUCUGCAAAUUUUCUGAUUGUGGUACAAAAUUAGCUGCUAGUACAGUAUAUGGAGAAAUCGUUGUAUGGAGCACAGAAAAUAUGGCAUUGAUAGGAAAUAUUGAACAUCCACAGAAUACUAAAAUCACUGCGUUGGUGUGGAAACAUAAUAAAUCAGAUGAAAUUGCUUUCUGUGAUAUUUCAGGCCAAUUAGGCUGCAUUGAUGUGAUAGUUGAUAAACAAUCAGAAGAUUUGCUAAGUGAUGAACUUUCAACACAUAAUGAAAUUCGUGAAACUACAGAAUUUCCAUUAAAUGAUAUCAAUUAUGAUAAUGAUGAUGAUGAUGAUGAUGAUGAUGGAGAAAAUGUAAUAAGUUUAAAUAAAAUAAAAGCAUCUGUAGAACGUGAAGAUGAUGAAAAAUCUGAUACAUUAGAGAAAAUGCAAGAUGCCGUGGAUAAUAUAAAAUCUUUUAUGCCAGAAAUACGCAUACAACCACCUUUUCAACCUGGAUCUUCACCUAUUCAUUUAUUAUCACGAUUUAUGAUGUGGAAUGACAUAGGAAUAGUAAAGUGUUUUAAUUCGGAAGAUGGAGAAGAAUCUAGUAUAGAAGUAGAAUUUCACGAUGUUACAAUUCAUCGCAGCAUGCAUAUAAAUAAUUAUUUAAGACAUACAAUUGCCUCAUUAUCAUCUUAUGCUCUUGUGUUGAAUUGUCCUUCACUUGAAGAUAUAGCAAGCAAACUUGUUGUAGUAGUAUUACAAGGCUGGGGUUCUGGUAAUAAGGAAUGGUCGAUAGAACUUCCAGAAGGAGAAGAUGGACAAUGUGUUACUGCAGGAGACAAUUUUGUAGCAGUUGCUACUUCUAGAAGAUAUUUGAGAAUUUUUAUGAUAGGUGGAACACAACGUGAAGUUAUAGCUUUGCCAGGUCCUGUAGUUGCAAUGAAUGCAUUUACCAAUCAUCUUGUAGUUGCUUAUCACGAUGGACUAGGAACGACUGGAGAUCAACACAUGAGUUUACUUUGCAUACAAAUUUUUGGAACACGUUUGAAAAAUCAAAAAUUAACUAUCCCUCUUUCCCCAUCAUCAGAUCUUAUAUGGUUAGGACUGUCUGAUCUUGGAUCUCCAGUUAUAAUGGAUUCAGAAGAUAUUAUAAAAAUAUAUGAUAAGAGAUCUUCUUUAUGGAAAGUUGUAUGUGAUAUGGAUAGACAGGGCAAAGGUAAAGCUGACCAUUAUUUUAUAAUUGGAGUAAGCGAGGAACGCAGAUCUGUUCGUUGUGUAUUAUGUAAAGGAAGUUAUUAUCCAGCAACCACUCCACGACCGAUUAUUAUUGAAAUACCUUUAAAAAUUCCUCUUUGUGAACCUGAAUCCGAAAAAACAGAAAAGGAAACAAAAUUGUGGCAAUUAGGAAGUCAACCGUUAGAUGAAAAUGAAGCAGUAUUAUUUCUUAUUGCAUUGGCUUGUCGAAGUAAUGUAGAAUAUCGAGCAGUUGAAUUAUGUGAACAAAUAGCAUCACAAAAAGUAUUAGAUUUGGCGAUAAAAUAUGCAGCACGUAUUAAUCGUACUGCAUUGAUGAAAAAAUUAGAGUCCAUUGCUGACAUUAAAGAACAACAAGAUGAACAAAAAGAAAGUAACGCUGAAAAUGAUAUGAACAAUCACGAUGAUGUAAUAGUGGAGGAUGCAGAGGAAAUACUUUUAACUCCUGUAAUAACAAAGAAACCAGAUAUAGAAAUAAAGCCAUUAUCUAUGAACGACACUUUAUCUACGAGAAGGAGUAAUCCAUUUUUAAAGAAUGCGCGUUCACAAUCGACAGCAGGAUUAAUUGGUCUCAAUACUGCACAAGAAAAGCCUCAAAGAUCUGUAACAGAAAAAAAUCUAUCUUCUAAAUCAAAACCGAAAAAUGAAGUAAAAAAAGAAACAUUUGUUGGAUGGUAUGCAAAACAAAAGAAACAUUUACAAGAAGAAUUUCCUAGUUAUAAACCUGCUGAAUUAACUAAGAUAGCUUUAUCAAGAUACAAAGAAAUAUCUACAACGCAAGAUAGAGAAGAACAAUCCGAAGGAAAAAAACGAAAAUUAUCGAAUCACGUUCCAUUGGAUCUUAUUCAAGAUGCAAUGGGUGUUAUGGGUCCUUGGCAUAUUGUUAUUGCUAUAGCACUUUCUCUUGUCAAAUUCCCAGUUGCUUGGCAUCAACUCUCGAUAGUAUUUUUAGCACCUCCGACAAAUUUUUCCUGUAUCUCACCAGUAUCUUCAACUAAUGAAUCUAUGAUUAUGAAAUGUUAUGUUGAUAUUGGUAAUGGGACCAUGGAAAAAUGUACUGGCUUUAAAUACGAUAAAAGAAUAUUUCGAGAAAGUAUUAUAACGGAAUGGGAUUUAGUUUGCGAUAAAGAACAAUUAACAAAUAUUGUACAAUCGUGCACAAUGUUUGGUGUUCUUGUGGGUAAUUUUUUAUUCAGUUCGAUGGCCGAUAGGAUCGGACGUAAAAAACCUUUGAUGAUAGCGAUAGCUUUGCAAUCGAUAACAGGCGUUAUAAGCGCAUAUGCCGUAUGGUACGAAUUAUUUCUUCUAUUUAAAUUUAUUUCUGCAAUAGCUACGGGUGGAACGAUGUUAGUUAGUUUCGUUUUACUAAUGGAAAUUGUAGGGAUAGAAUGGCGAUCGCCGAUGUCCGUUUUAUUUCAUGUACCGUUUAUAAUUGGUCAUAUAACAACUCCUCUUGUUUCUUAUUUAACACAUACAUGGCAAAAGUUUCAAAUGGCUAUUUCCAUACCGGCGAUUUUUUUAUUGUCCUAUUAUUGGAUAAUUCCAGAAUCACCUAGAUGGUUACUUGCUAUCGGUAGAUCAGCAGAGGCCGAGAUUAUUUUAAUGAAAGCUGCCAGACGGAAUAAGAUUCCAUUAGAAAAUGUAAAUAGGGCGCUCGAAUCGCACGAAAGUCAAAGAUUGAUUCGGAAAACAAAUAAUACGAAUUACAAUGUCACACAUUUGUUUAGAACGCCUAAUAUGAGAUUAAAAAGUAUUUGUAUAUUUAUUAAUUGGUUCUUUUGUGGUACUUGCUUCUUUGGAUUGGCACAAUACAUGGGUCAUAUUGAUGGAAAUAUAUUUAUAAAUGUUGCUGUGUCAAGUGCUCUUGAAUUACCAGGGACUAUUAUAGUUCUCUCAUUGAUAUCAAGAGUUUCUCGUUUAAAAAUAUUGAUGGGAGGCAAUUUUUUGUCUGGCUUGAGUUUACUUUUAACUAUAAUAAUAAAUCAUUCUACUGCGCAACUUUGUUUAGCAAGUAUUGGAAUUGCUGGGACAGCUAUCAGUUUUCCAACCAUAUACUUAUAUAGUAGUGAAAUAUUUCCUACUGUUGUAAGAAACAACGGAAUUGGUGUAGGUAGCGUUUGCGCAAGAUUGGGAAGUAUAAUUGCACCAUAUAUUGUUACUGUGAAUAAAAUUCAACCUUGGUUGCCCCCUGUUAUAUUUGGAACAGGACAAUUAAUCGGAGCUGGUCUCUGUUUGUUUUUACCAGAAACAAUGAAUUGUGAAUUACCUGAGACCAUUGAGGAUGGUGAAAAUUUUGGAAAGAAAAUAUCUACACAAAGUACGUCUUGAAAAUAUUGCAAUACUUGAAAACUCGAUUAUAUAAUAAAAUAUGAAUAUAUUCAUAACAAAUAUUUUAAAAAAUAGAAUAGUUUUGUUAGAAAAAUAUUUAUACAAAAAUAUUUAUAUUCAUGUAUAUUAAAAAUAUAUUUGUUAAUAUUUCUUACUCUAUAAAAUGGUAUAUAAUUUUACUACCAACAUUUCAAACAAUGUAGCUACAUUUAAAGAUUUUAUUUUUAAGCAUUUAAAAAUAAUCAUGUUUUUUAUUUAGCACCUGAGUUCUAUUAUCUUAUUAGAAAAAUGUAUAUUUAUAUUAAAUUGUUAUGUAUGAUGUUUUUUAUAGAUUACAUCAUUAUGUAUAAUUUACAAUAUUUUUUUUAUAAAUG